AUGUAUUCUCAGUAUUGGAUAUUUCUUAUUAUAAUUAUUUUGAGUAAAGGCAAUCGAACACAUGAACCAACUGAAUUACAUAUUGGUGCUUUGUUCGAUUUUGAUCAUUUAUCAAAAGACAAUGGUCGACAUGAAUUACAAGCAGCUACAAUAGCUAUUAAUGAUAUAAAUCAUCGUCAAAAAGAUUUAUUUAAGGGACUUUAUACACUGACAUUAUUAUCAAAUAAUUCUCGAUGUGAUCCAAUUUAUGCUGUUGAUGCUUUCUUUCAUGCAAUAUUUCGUCGUCCACAAUUACAUUUUCUUGUUGGUACAUCAUGUUCAAAUGAAACAAAAGCUGUUAUUCAAGUUGCUGAUUAUUAUAAUUUAAUUUUAUUUUCCCAUUCAACUUCAUUUAUUUCUCAAGCUAAUGAAUCAUAUUCAACAUUAGUUCGACUUUCUGUAUUAGAUGAAAAUUAUAAUGAUGCACGUGUAGCUUUUAUUAAAUAUAAUAAUUGGUCACAUGUAGCUAUUAUUCAUCAAGAUUCAAUUGAACAUUCUCUUAUGAUGGCAAAAUUAGCUAAACAUUUAAAUGAAUCAAAUAUAAAUGUUAUACUUACUCAAAGUGCAUCAUGGCUUAAUCUUACAUCAGCAUUAAAAAAUCUUCAAGAAAAGAAAGCUCGAAUUGUCUUUGUUAAUUUUGAUACAUCAUCACGUGCUAUAUUUUUUUGUGAAGUAUAUCGAACAUUUAGUAAAGAAUUACGUGAACGUUAUGUAUGGAUAUUAACUGAAAAUGAUUAUGAUUUAUGGAAUUUUUCAAGAAAUAAUUGUACAAAACAAGAAAUUCUUCAUGCAGCUCGUGGUCAUAUUAUUAUUGAUAGUUCAUAUAAAAGAAAACAAAGUUUAAUUAAUCCAAAUAUGACAGCAAAUCAAUUACAACAAGAACUUCACUUAAAAGAUCAUCUCGAUAGACAAACAUUGCAUGCUUAUGACGCUGUAUGGGUAAUUGCGCUUUUAAUACGAGCAUCUAUAGAUCAUAAUAUAUCGGUCGAUGAAUUUACCUAUAAUUCAGUGCAUAUAAGAGAUAAUUGGUUAACUCUAUUAGAACAAUUACAUUUUCUUGGUGUUUCUGUAAGUAAAUAUUCAUAUUUAUAUAUAUUUAUCGAGAUAUAUUUUUUCUUUCUUUUCAUCUAAAAUAAUUUUUAUUUAUUAUUAUAAUAAAGGAAAUAUUUGAUUUAUAAUGUUUACUGUUUUCAUGACAGGAAAACCAAUGUAGAAAAUCGAAUUUUUGAUAAAUAUACCUACUAAGCUUAAUUGUUCACGUCUUUAUUAAGAUGGCUCUUCCGGUUUUAUUUGCAUGAUAGUAAAUAUUAUUACUAUGGAUAGAAUAAUCUUGUCUUAUUAAUAGAAUUUUUUUGCUUUUUUUCCCCCGAAUAAAUCUAAUCAAAUUUUCAAUUACAAAAAUCUAUUAGCUAGAUUUUUAAGUAAACUUUCUUUUUUUUUUUUUUGUAUAAAUAUUUGAUGUCAUUAUUGUCUGAUAUAGAAUUGAAAUAAU